AUGUUACCAGUGGACAGCAGACUUGUAAAUUUACAGAUCUACAGACUUCUUCAGUGCGUUCACCAAAAAGACAAGAAGCAAAUAGAAAAACUGGUUCAGAAUGGAUUUCCAAACCUUAUUAAUUUCACUGAGCCUGUGGAAGGAUAUAGUGCCCUUCAUUUGGCCUGCAUAAAAAAUGACACUGACAUGUGCAGCUUCUUGCUGGAGCAGGGAGCUCAUCCAGAUGUCCAGGACAAAAUGGGACGUACUCCAGCAAUGAAAGCAGCUGAGCUAGGCCAUGAGUUGGUUUUGGAAUUAUUAGCAAAAGCUAAAGCAGACAUGACUGUUGUGGAUAAUGAAGGGAAAGGUGUUUUGUUUUACUGCAUUUUACCUACAAAGCGUCACUACCACUGCACACAAAUUGCCUUGGAUUAUGGUGCAGAUGUUAACAACUGUACUACUAGGGGGAAGCCUUUACUUCUACAAGCCUGUGAGCAAGCUCAUGAUAUCCAAGAAAUAUGUCUGAAUUUUUUGGAAAGAGGAGUAAAUCCCGAUGCAAGGAACCCAGCUACAGGUCGCACAGCCUUGAUGGAAGCUGCAAGAGAAGGUGUUCUCGAGGUGGUGCGUGGUCUGCUUGAGAGAGGAGUCGAUGUCGACCUGUUUGACCUUGAAAGACACAGCGCUGCACAUUUUGCAGCCAAAGGUGGCUUUUUUGAGAUUUUGAGGGUUAUUUCAUCUUAUAAUGGAGACUUGGGCCUGAUUGCUAUGAAUGGUAACACGCCACUUCAUUACGCUGCAGAGGGAGGAUUUUCAAUUUGCUGCAAGUUUAUAGGACAAAGAGGCUGUGAUCCUACAUGGAAAAACCUGUUGACAAAGACUCCAAGAGCUGUUGCCAAGGAAGGCGGUUUUAAAGCAGCAGCAAAAGAACUGCGUAAAAUUGAACGCACUUUCAAAAAACAGUCCAAGCCUGGGGCUCAGGACCUCAACCCCCGCUGGGCACUGAGGCUCUAUGACUGGUCCUUAGAGCACCAGGCUGCCCUCUAUAAGGCAUUUGAGGCGGUUGACCAAGGAGAUGGAACAGUAGCUAAAGAUGAUUUUAUAUCAGUUAUUCAGCAGCAUUGUGCCUUUGUGGAUGCUGAACAAAUCACAAGCAUUGCUGAAAUGCAUGAAGGAGAAUUGGGAAUCAAGAUAGAAGAAUUCUUUAAAGGCUCCAAAUACUUGCAGAAAAGCUAUCUUAUAACAGCCUUUGGACCCAAAAAGAAGGGCAAGAAAGGGAAGAAACAAAGAGGCAAGAGAGGUGUCCCAGUCCCUGUGCCAAUUUGUGUUAUUCCAGAGAAUGAAUUUCUUCAUGGGGAAGAUGGCUUCCCUGCCUACAUGAUUGAAGCUGUUCAGGACAUGGCUGAUACCCACCAUCAUAUCCGAGACCACCCAUCCGCCCAUCCUGUGCAUGAUGACCGUGCCUGGUAUAUAGAUGAGCCAAGGAAAUUGUACAUGAACAUUAACUACCUUGUCAAAGCAGGAGACAUUCUGUCUCUACAGAAAGCAUUUGAGGAGGGUGUGCCAGUAGACAUAAAAGAUAAAUAUUACAAAACACCUUUGAUGACUGCAUGUGCCAGUGGGAACACAGACAUUGUGCAGUACCUUCUAGAAAAGGGGGCUGAUAUAAACACAACAGACAAUUUCAUGUGGACUCCCCUCCACCACGCUUGCUACCAUGGGUUCCUAGGUAUUGCUGAGCUGCUGGUGAAGGCCGGAGCAGCAGUGGAUGCACCUGCCAUAGGGAAUGCAACCCCCCUAAUGAGAGCCAUUGAGAGCGGCAGGCUGGAUUUAGUUUACUUUUUGAUCAAGUCAGGUGCUAACAUCGAAGCUACAAACAGCAAUGGAAAGAAUGCUCUUGAUAUUGCUCAAGAAUUUGCAGAUUUUAGAGUAAUUGAUGUACUCCAAAGUGAAAUGGAAAAGUUGCCAGAAGUGACAGAAAAAAAAGAAGCAAAGAAAGGAAAAGCUGAGAAGCCAUCUUCUACACUGAUGCCUGCAGAAGCUGUGAAAAGUGAGGUAUGAGAGAUGUCUUUGUCAGUCAUAGAAGAUUCCAUACUUGAAGGGUCACCACGUUCUUCUAAGGACAGUGUUAUUUAUCUGAACACUUUGAUAACCAGUGGUGCUACUAAGACAGAAGACAUCUCAUUCAAACCCAGAAAGAUUUGGACCCCUGAUGAGACAACACUGGAGCUAGUAAGAAAGCAAGAAUUUCUCCGUGAAUGCUUUGAACUGGGUGGCCAUUCAGAAAGCUCCACAAACCCCUUUAAUAGAACCUUUACAGAACAUGCCAGCUAG